AUGGCAAAAUCCGAAGUUGUUGCUUUAUUAAAGCAACUCAUGCAAAUUCCGUCAUGCAGUAAUGAAGAACAGGCCAUUGGAAUAUUUCUCGAGCAACACUUGAAGAGUUUGGGCUACACAGUGGAACUUAUUCCCAUAAGUCCUAAUAGCUCUCGUUGCAAUGUAUACGCAUAUCUUAGCUCUUCGCGCGAAACGCGUGUUUGCCUCACUGCGCACAUGGAUACAGUCCCUCCACAUAUCCCACUUCGAGAGACACCCGAUAGAAUUUACGGCCGGGGAUCUUGCGAUGACAAAGGUCCGAUGGCGUCGCAGAUCAUAGCGGUUGAAGAACUGCGUAAAGAAGGCCUCAUCGAGCCCAAGGAUGUCUCACUUCUUUUUGUGGUCGGAGAAGAAAAAGGUGGUGCCGGCAUGCUUGCGGCCAACGACGUGAAUUUGUCCUGGGAGGCAGUUGUGUUUGCCGAGCCAACAGAUAACCUAUUAGCGGUUGGUCACAAAGGCCACUUCGUCUUUGACCUCGUUAGUGAGGGAAUCCCCUCACAUUCCGGAUAUCCCGACCGUGGUCGAAGUGCGAUCUCUACGAUGAUUGCCGUGUUGGCCGAACUCGAGCAGGCCCGAUUUCCAUCUUCAGAUUCUCUUGGACCGUCUACAUUUCACUGCGGCGAAAUUGCCGGCGGAGAAGGAUACAAUAUUCUGGCACCCAAAUGCACUGCUGUCUGCUCGGUGCGAGUAGCCAAGGAUUUACCGAGGAUUGAGCAGUUGAUAGAAAAAGUCAUUUCCCGCCACGAAAACGUAUAUCUAAAGAAAAGAUUUAUGUACCCGGAGCUGUAUCUGGACCAUGAUAUACCUGGGAUGGGCACAAUUGCAGUCUCCUUCGGCACAGACGCGCCCCGGCUAAAGGGGAGCAUAAGAAAUAUCUAUAUGGACCGGGUACCAUCCUGGUAG